GAGACCCACAGCAGUGUCCAAUAAUCUCGAGGAACGCUUUUCUUUCUUUAUAUUUUUUCAUUUUCUUCUUGAUUUUCUCCCUUCAGGAAUUUUCAAACCAAUUUGCGCAGAUCCAAAUUCCGACGUUCUGAUUCCUGAUUCCAAUUGAUCGACGAAUGUUGGUCGCCGGCGGUGGCGGAUUUGUACCAUCCUUCAUAGCUAUUCUAUAAAUUCCCCAGCCGAUCUGCCAUUGCCGCCGGUUGAAUUCUCAUUUUUCGAUCGUCAAUUCUGAUUUCCAAACGGCCAAUGGCGUAUACUUUGGAAUCAUGGGCGAAGGAAUACAAUGAAGCCAUGAAACUCUCUGAAGAUAUCAAUGGCAUGAUUUCUGGGAGAAGUUCUGCUUCUGGACCAGAAGCUCAGCGUCAUGCCUCAGCUAUACGCAGGAAGAUCACAAUAUUGGGUACCAGACUUGAUACCUUGCAGACUCAGUUACCCAAGCUUCAAGGAAAGCAACCAAUACCGGAGAAAGAGAUGAAUCGACGCAGGGAUAUGAUAGCGAAUUUGAGAUCGAAAGCUAACCAGAUGGCUUCAACUUUGAACAUGUCUAACUUUGCUAACCGAGAUAGCUUACUUGGUCCAGAAAUAAAGCCAGCAGAGAAUAGGACGGAAGGCUUAGACAACCGAGGCCUACUCGGUUUUCAACGACAAGUUAUGAGAGAGCAAGAUGAAGGCCUCGAGAAACUGGAAGGGACUAUAAUGAGCACAAAACAUAUUGCAUUGGCUGUCAAUGAAGAACUUAGCCUUCACACGAGACUUAUCGAUGAUUUGGAUGAACAUGUCGAUGUUACAGAUUCCCGAUUACGGAGAGUGCAGAAGAGGCUGGCAAUAAUGAACAAGCGGACCAAGGGUGGAUGCACUUGCAUGUCAAUGAUUUCAUCAAUUGUUGGAAUUGUCGUUCUCAUCACUCUCAUAUGGCUACUCAUCAAGUAUUUGUAAAUUCACUGUCUUGGUAUGAAUUUACUAGAACAUAAACUUUUGGUGUAAGAUUCUGAUAUCUGUUGAUUUUCUUAGUGAAUUUGUGUGUUUUUUUCUUCAUCUUUCA